UAACCAGUUUGACGUUUAUCAUUCGUUGAUGAGGUGGUGUUUAUUUAAAAAAAUCUGAUUUGCCGGUAAAUUAUUGAAACUUUACGCAGUUAGUUAUGUUACAGUGUUUUGAAUAAUGCAUCAGCAUUGAGUUACUGAAAAAAGCGAGGUGUAAUGAUCCAAGCUUAAAUGUAAAGUUUGUGCAAUACAAAACAUGUAAAGUGACGCGGGAACUUUGUACCCAUUUAGUUUCGUACGUAAGUGAAAUGGAUUCGGAAGAGAAAGACUGGAAAAAGAAAUUGGGAUUCCCAAUCAACUAUGAUUCAGGGCAGAGCUCAGAGGAGGAUAAUGACUCAAAAGACGUCGUGAUGAGGCACCCGAGGCAAUCCUCGAGGUACUUGCUGGAGGAGAAUGGAGACGGGUCGGAAGCCGAUUUGCUGGGUACGACUCCGCCUCGAGCUCGUAUCAGGGAUAAGGAGAAGCGAAGGAACGUAUUCGACGCGGGCUUAAGUAUACAGAAAACGUUGGUGGAAGGCAAGAAUUACGAUGAAAUUUCACCGUCACCACCAGAACGUCUCAAGAAACGCUCGAGCCUAAAGCUCAUCAGAUCCAAGGAACGGGACUGGAAGGAUGGGCAACGAGAAUCCAGGGCGGAUUCGUUACCGUCACCCAGCCCUCAGGCCGGUGUGCCCACUCUGGUGGAAUCCUGUAGCCGCUUCAUGUCGCUGACCUCUCGUCUCAAGUGUCGAGCGGCAUACGAGAAUGAGGUCCAAGAGAGGUGCUCGGAUGAAGAGCUGCCAGCCAGCAGGGUCAACUUCCACAACACAUUCAGCAUGCUCAUUAACAUGGGGAAUAUUGAGAAGGGGUGUCGGCGUACAAUAAGUUGGGAGGAGCAGGUCUGGCAGAACGAGCUGAAGGAUCUCAUUUGGUUGGAAGUAAAAGCGAAGCUUGCCGGUCGGACGCUCAGCCAGCAAGACGCGUAUCUUUGUGCGCAGAGAAACAUUAUUCCCUCCAUCGUGCAGAGAAUUCAGGAGUACAAAUUCGUGAAUCCAGACCCCUGCAGGAAUAGAUCACAGAAGCUCGCCAUAGACGGCUCCGACGACGAACUGCCCGACCAAGCAGACGGAACGGCCGGAGACGAGGACGGCGAAGAGGCGCCGUCGGGCUGCGUGUCGGUGGACUGCGGGCGCUGCGCGCGCGCCGUGGGCGCCGCCAUGCGCGACGUGGCGGCGCUGCUGGACGCCUACGACGCGGCGCUGGCGCUGUACCCGUCCGCCGCCGCCGCCGCCGCCGACCACCCCGCGCUGGGCGCCGCGCCGCUCGUGCACCGCCUGCGCGCCAUGUGCCUGUGGUACAACACGGCGCAGCACAUGCGCCUCAAGGUGCUGUCGGUGCGCCGCAUGCUGCGCACGGCGCGCCGCAAGGCGCACGCCGCCGACGCCGGCAGCCGAAAAUCGUCGGUGACCAGGUUACCCGGUCACGUUCGAUUCAACGUCGGCAACGACACGAGCGACUCCAACAACAGCGACACCAGCGGUCACUCGGAGGGCAGAGAAUCGGUAACGGAGGAGAGGGGAGACGUCGACGGCCAGACGUCGGACUCCUCGAAUAAUCCAGAAAAUGUACAAGGAACGGUCGACCCGAAGACGGACGUUGCCGUCGAGACUGAGGGGAACGACGUUCCAGACGCCGGCCCGGCGGCUGCGCGCGUGGCGGAGACGUACGCCAGCAACGAGAGCGGCUACACGUCGGAGGCGGAGCGCGACGCGCCGCACGACGUGUUCGAGCUCGGCCCGCUGGGAGACGUGGCGCGGCUGCGGCUGCUCGGCCGCUCCGCCGUGUCCGCGUACCGCGAUUAUCAUCACGAGAUGUUGAAGACGCAAGGCGUGCGUCGCUGUCUGAUGUUUAUGAAUAAGAUGUGCAGCAAACUACUCAAUAAAGUUUAUCUCACGCUGCUGGAGCCGCAGGCGGACAGCUUUGGAGAAGAAGAUACGUCGGAAGUGUUUGAAGGCGCCAAGGAGACAGAAAAUAAGGCUGACGAGAAUGACGACAUUAACAACACGUAUGAGUUUCGCAGAUAUGGUUGCUGGAGUAAGGAGACCCUGUCCAUGCGCUUGCCCUCCUAUCGCAAUCAUUUCCUACUAUUGACCAGCAUCAGCAUGGAAGCAGUGCACGACUACCUCUCGCUGAGGAUGGAGGGCAGACCGGAACACCCCUCUUGUCUCACAAUCAAACAGCUGAUCCACGAGUUGAAGGAGGGACUGGACAUCUCGGCGGAGGUGCGCGCGUCGUUCGCCCGCAACGUGCAGGCGGCGCUGUGCGGGGCCACGCCCGCCGCGCUGCGCCAGCUGCUGCUCACCUACGACGGCACCGUGGCCACCGCGCUGCAGCAGUACCUGUCCUACCUGCGCAUCAUGUCCGAGAAGGAGUCGCUGAGCCGCGCGCAGCUGGCGGGCGAGUGGGCCUUCACGCAGCGCCUGGCCGCGCGCGCGCCGCCCGCCGCCGCGCUGGCGCCCGCCGCCUUCGCAGAUAUGGCGUGUAAUCAGCUGAACAGAGUGCUCAACCGAUUUGAGGAAAAGUUUGCUCAUGUUAUGGAACUCGAGAAGAGCGACCCUUCCGACCUGGACAACCAAAGGUACCUGGUGUACGCGCUGUGCCGCGAGGCGCAGUGCAUCUACGCGGGCGAGCGCGACGCGGCGCUGCAGGCCGCGCACUGGGCGCGCGCGCUGGCCGCCCGCCUGCCGCCGCCGCUGCGCGCGCGCAUCUUCAACAGCCUCAUGGCGAUCCGCGACUGCCUGGUGCGCCACACGGCGCUGAUCCUGAAGAGCAGCCGCUCGGCGUCGCUUUCGUCGGCCGAGCUGCCGCGCGACAUCCGCGACAGCCUGGGCGCGCGCGUGCGGGAGCUGCUGCUGCAGGUCUACAAGCUGGGCUUCGAGCUGCACACCGAGUUGCACAAAUUCGCGCAGACCCCCUUCAAGGAUCAGCUCGAGCGUCGAGCGCGUCGUUUGCGCCCCUCCUCCCUCCAACCCUCCCGCCCCCAAACCCCUCGACUGCGGAGGAAAAGACCGGAGACUAUGCUCAUACACGAGUCCAUCAACCCGAUUCACAGGGAACUACACCGAUUCGCGAGCAGCUCCUCCCCGCGGCCGCCGGUCCCGCGACCCAGCGUCACGGAGUCGCCGCGGAAGUCGAAAUUCCUGAGGUCCGAGAGCAUCGGCGAGGAGGUCGAACCGAGCGGCCUCGACGAGAGCGGCUUCGACGGGACGGGGGUGAGUCGGGAGACGGCGCUCGCGGCGGCGGCGGCGGCGGCGGCGGCGGCGGGCGCGGGCGCGGAGGCGUGCGCGGGGCGGGCGGCGCGCGCGGUGGUGCAGUUCGCGCGCUGCUGGAUGUCGUUCGUGGUGGAGCGCUGCGAGCGCGGGCGCGGCCUGCGGCCUCGGUGGGCGAGCCAAGGAUUGGAAUUCUUAAUGUUAGCUUGUGAUCCCUACAACACGAAACACUUAAGCGAUGAGGAGUUCGAGGAGCUGAAGCAGCAGAUGGACGGCUGCAUCUCGCACGUGGUGGGGUCGCGCGCGGCCGCCGCCAGCCAGCCCGCCGCGCCGCUGCGCCAGCGGCACCGCAUACAUAGUCCUCUAUCGAGCACGAGUAGUACGAACAGCAAGGAGGGCGCGAACCCGCCGACGCCGCCGAGCGAGGUUGACGCUCCACUCAUAUUGCACAGCCUUGACGAUGACGCUCACAGGAAACGCAUCGUCCAAGCCAUACGGCAGCUCGACGAGUGUCGCGACGAAAAACUUCAGACCUCGAAAGCUGUCGGCCGAGUGUUGGAGUCGACCAUCAAGAGCUACGAGCCGAAGCUGCGACAGUUGACCUUCAAGUGGCAGAGGGGGCUGAAGAUCGGCGCCGGCACCUUCGGCAAGGUGUACACGGUGGUGAACACGCAGAGCGGGCAGCUGCUGGCCAUGAAGGAGCUGAGCGUGGCGGCCGGCGACCGCCGGGCGCUGCAGCGCGCCGCCAACGAGCUGCGCGUGCUGGAGGGCGUGCUGCACCCGCACCUCGUGCGCUACUACGGCUGCGAGCUGCACCGGGAGGAGAUGCUGCUGUUCAUGGAGCUGUGCGUGGAGGGCUCGCUGGAGACGCUGGUGGCCACGUCGGGCGCGCUGGCGGAGCCCACCACGCGGCGCUACAGCAAGCAGCUGCUGAGCGCCGUGGCCGAGCUGCACGCGCGCGCCAUCGCGCACCGCGACAUCAAGAGUGGCAACAUCUUCCUCACCAACGACGGGCACUGCCUGAAGCUGGGCGACUUCGGCUGCGCCGUGAAGAUCCGCGCCAACACCACCGCGCCCGGGGAGCUGCAGGGCUUCGUGGGCACGCAGGCGUACAUGGCGCCCGAAGUGUUCAUGAAGUCGUCCGGCCACGGUCGCGCCGCAGACAUCUGGUCGCUGGGUUGCGUCGUCACGGAAAUGGCGUCUGGAAAGCGACCGUUUUUCGAAUACGACAGCAACUAUCAGAUAAUGUUCGUGGUGGGCAUGGGAGGCCGUCCACACAUACCGGAGACCCUCUCGGAGGAGGGCCAGCAGUUCUGCCUCAGCUGCCUCACGCACGACCCCGACCUGCGUCCGCGGGCUGAAGCCUUGAGUCUUCACCACUUUCUGAUGGUGAAAUCCGAUGAGGAUUGUAAAUGUGAAACUGCAUUCCUUAUCACAUAAAGCAUUUAAUGUUCACUGUAUUUGGUCAAGAAAUAUACAAUGAAUCGCAUUUCAUACGAAAGACUCUGUAUUGUCGAAGGAAAAUUUUAAAAGUAUUUCAAAUCGUUUUAUAUU